GUCACCUGCUGGAGGGAGACCGACUUUCCGCCGAGUUGGGCCUCUCUUUACCUCUUCAUCUCUGCCAAAACUGAAGCAAGCCUGCGCUGCAGCCUAACCAGCUGGAAAGUCGCUUAGGUCCUACACCUCACUGAAAUGCAAAUAUUUUAUUCACCGGUAUGUCUUAAUUCAAUGUGCAAAUGAGAAUGUCCGAAUAGUGAUAUUGAACUGAAAGUGUAUAGAGAUCGGCAACUUUGGAGAGUUUAGGCCUAUAUUCUUGGGAGCCCACAGCUCGCCCUGUAGCCCAUAGAAUAAACAUGGGUAACGUACUUGUAUUACUAGACUCGCUGAGGAAGGCCACCUGAUUUCCAAAGCUGGGAAAAUGUCAAACCCCCUGAACGUUUUGUCAAUAUUUAGAGAGCGUCGUUGCAUAUUAACUGGGCUGGCAUAGUCUGUGCAACAUCUGUUGGUGUCGGCCACCGUACCUUGUCAACCCACCCGCUUCUGCAGCCGAAAUACAGCCGUUCCAUUUGACACAAUGUUCGGUGUCAAAACUCUCCGAACUGUGGGUACAGCAGUGUGUAGACGUGGUGCCUCUGUGCUGUGGAAGCCAACUAGGACCCAGAGCCGAACCCAAAGCGCGGCGGCUGGACAGAGAGUGGACAUCGGGGGGAUCUACCCGCCAAUAGCCACGCCGUUCACUCAGAAAGAGGACGUGGACUAUCAGAAACUGGAUGAAAACCUGCAGAAGUAUGCAAAGAUUCCUUUCAAAGGUCUGGUGGUGCAGGGCUCUAAUGGAGAGUACCCGUACCUGACGGAGGAGGAGAGGGUAGAGGUGGUGAGGAGGGUCAGACUGGCACUGCCCACAGACAAGCUGGUCAUGGCAGGAUCCGGAUGUGAAUGUAAGGCCCUGUCCACCAAAGCUACGGUAGUGAUGACAGAGAGGAUGGCGGGGGCGGGGGCAGACCUGGUUCUCGUGGUAACGCCAUGCUUCUACAAGGGCAUGAUGGACAGCAGGGCGCUGGUUCACCACUUCACACAGGUGGCAGACAGUAGUCCAGUACCAGUAGUCCUGUACAGUGUCCCGGCUAACACAGGUCUUGACCUCCCUGUUGAUGCUGUGGUGAGACUGGCCCAACACCCUAACAUACUGGGACUCAAGGACAGCGGAGGAGACAUCACCAGGAUCGCUCUGAUUGUUCAUAAAACGAAGCCGCAGGAUUUUCAGGUUCUGGCGGGUUCCGCCGGGUUCCUUAUGGCGGCGUAUUCCGUGGGUUGUGUGGGCGGUGUGUGUGCGCUUGCCAACGUGCUGGGGCGUGAGGUGUGUGAGCUGGAGCAGCUGUGUGUGUCGGGACGGUGGGAAGAAGCCAGUGCUCUGCAGCAGCGCCUCAUAGAGCCCAACACUGCUGUGACCAGGAAGUUUGGUGUUCCCGCUCUCAAGCAGGCGAUGGAGUGGUUUGGUUACCACGGUGGCACCUGUCGCUCUCCUCUUCAACCGCUCUCAGAGGCCGAAUCACAGCAGCUUAGACUGGACUUCUCCACCAACGGCUGGCUCUGAAGGGGACAGGGGGCGGGACUGAGUAGAAGACAGGGGACUGGGCCUGCUCCAGGUUGAAGUUGGCGUCAUAGAAUAGAAUGCGUAGAACAUUAUGGCAUCAUUGACUUGAAUGUGGAUUUCCUUUCUACUCAUUCUAAUUAUAUGGUUGUCUCUAACCACAGAUCUAGGAUCAGGUGACUCUACACCCAGUCCUAACCUUAACCAUUAGGGAGUUGAGAAAAGAUGUGACCCUGUAUCAGUUGUUAGGGGCAACAUCAACCUACUGUGACUGUUUCAUACAUGCAUAGCGUCCUUCCCUUCCUGGCCUUAAAUCUAAGAGGACUUGAUAGUUGGAAGCAAUAACCAAUCCAGUCCUUUCACCUAUCAGUGGUCUUGCUGCCUUGCUAUAUAGGAGGCCGUUGUGAGGGUGUUGUGUGUUAGAGGCAUGUCAACACUGUAGGACUACCCCAAGGCCUCCCACCUGUAAUGGCCAUAGGGGUUGUGUCCCACAUCACACCCUAUUCACUACAUAGUGCACUGCGGUUGACCAGAGCCCUAUGGGUCCUGGUUAAAUAGUAGUGCACUGUAUAGGGGAAUGGGUUGCCAUUUUGGGACGCACCCUUUGACAUGAAUUAAAUACAGCAGGAAAUAAAAAGACAUGUAAGGAAUCAGUUUGUUUAUAUUCCCGAAGGAUGUUUUUCAAAUAAAGAGAAAGACCACCUACCCAGCAACUGUCA